AUGCAUGUAUCACAUAAUAAUCCUCAUAUUUCUCAGGCUCCAGCGAGGGCUCCAGAUGAACUAGCAACGACUUCCAAGACAGUUCAAUACAACAGUGUAAAUAAUAGUUUGAUUGCUGAUAGUCUCACUGAUAACUCGCCACAAAAUAUUUUUUAUUUAAAUGCUGAAAAUAUUAAAGAUAUUUAUUCGAGUAAUGAACCAUACAUUUCCACUGCUACUGUUGCCACAAGUGACAUAUCACCGACCGAUACGAAUACUUUAAAUGAUAAAUUAUUAACAAACAUUAUUGAAAACCAAGGAAUAAUUAUAGAAAACCAAGCAACUUUACUCGAAAGCUUGAAAGGACUUGGAACUAAUGAUAAUCAGCUGAUAAUCUUGCAGCAGUUAUCAAAAUUUGAGGCUAUGGCAGAUAUAGUCGAAGAUAUAUACAUAGACCGCAUUGAAGCAGUAGAACAAUUUGAUGCAUUUGAAAGUAAGCUAAAAGACAGAAAAAUAAUGCAGGAAAAUAUAGAAAGACUUAGACAAGUUUGUGGAAAAAGAGGUGAUGGCCAUGGAGUUAACAACUGUUACAUAUUAAUUGAUAGGAUGUUCUCCAGAAAAUUCAUGACCCUGUGCUCGUGGGCUGGUGGCGCAAGAGGAGAACAGGAAAAAGUGGCUUUUAAGAUGUAUAAAAACGUUAUUUCGCUUUUUUUUAACAUCGUGCAUUUAUCAGACAAAAGUUUCACACAAAAAGACUGCGAGGAUUUUAUCAAAAAUGUCAUAAGGAACUCGACCAGGAGAAGCAAAAGCGAUCUGUUAAGAACUUCAGCUAUUAAAAGAAGGCUCCCUAAGAAACCUGCUUCUGCCUCAGCGAGGAAAUGGAAAAACCACAGGAAAAAGUUGAUUCCAAUGACAUCAUUGAAAAUGAAAUACCUUACGUUAGAUGACGAAAAUGGCAUGGAAGAGCAAUGUAACUCUGAUGCUUUAUCCGAUAGUCAGGAAUGCGACCAAUAAGCCAGCCCAUUGAUUGACGGUUCCAAAGAAGAGAAUUUUGUGAUUUAUUUUUAUUUACUGAAGACAUGAAAACUGCAGUGUCAUGAAUAAUGAAGUUUAUUUUGUUUUUAUGUUACAUACAUAUAUAUGAUUUAUAUAAUGUGAAAGUUUUUUUUAUAGGGUUAAAAGACAUUUGAUUUAUAUAUAUAUAUAAUAUAGGUAUUAUAAUAUUCC